AUGGCUCGUUUGGUCGGGCCGAGCCUGGCACGACGUGCAGCGACUUCAGGCGUGCUGCAUCGCUCGUUGCACCAGGAUCCGCUGCGUGUCGUCUCCGCCAAAGGCAACUACCUGCACCUUAACAAUGGACAGAAGGUCUUCGAUGCAAGCGGCGGCGCGGCCGUGGCUUGUUUGGGGCAUGGAGAUGAGCGAGUAGAGAAAGCAGUCCUCGCGCAAAUGCAAAAAGUCUCCUACUGCCACUCCGUCUUCUACGGCACCGAAGCGGCGGAGCGCCUGGCCGACACGCUGAUCGAGAGCACCAACGGCGCCAUGGCGCGCGUCUUCGUCGUCAGCAGCGGCAGCGAAUCGAUCGAGGCGGCGCUCAAAUUCGCCCGGCAGUACCACCUCGAGAAGCAGCCGGCGGAGCCGCAGCGCACGCAGUUCAUCGCGAGGCAGCAGAGUUAUCAUGGGACUACGCUGGGUGCGCUGGCGGUGGGAGGGCAUGUGGCGCGGCGGGCGGCGUUUGAGCCGAUUUUGAGCCAGAAUUCCAGCCAUGUUAGUCCUUGCUAUCGAUAUCGCGGGAUGAAGGGGGAUGGGGAGACGUAUGAGAGUUAUGUUGGACGACUGGAGGCGGAGCUGGACGCGGAGUUUCAACGCGUCGGUGCGGACAGAGUGGCCGCGUUCCUGGCGGAGCCUGUUGUAGGUGCUGCCUUGGGCUCCGUCCCGGCGGUGCCAGGAUACUUCAAGGCGAUGAAGCGAGUUUGCGACAAGUAUGGUGCGCUGCUGAUCAUGGAUGAGAUCAUGUCUGGCUGCGGGAGAAGUGCGCCGGAGCCGUCGGAGAAGUACCCCAGCCCGAUUCACGCGUGGCAGGAUCCCUCGAUCGACAUCGUUCCUGAUGUCCAGGUGAUGGGCAAGGGACUGGGUGGGGGGUACAUGCCCGUUGCGGCAAUGCUGUUGAACCACCGAGUCGUCGAUGCUUUGCAGAAAGGGACCGGCGCCUUCAAGCACGGGCAAACGUACCAGGGACAUCCUGUUGCGUGUGCGGCGGCUCUCGAGGUGCAGAGGAUUAUUCGCGACGACAAUCUCAUGGCCAAUGCUCGGAAGCAAGGAGCGCUGCUGGGCAAGCUGUUGCAAGAGAAGGUGGCGGGGCAUUGGGCGGUGGGAGACGUGCGAGGCAUGGGGUUGUUUUGGGGGGUGGAAUUUGUGCGGGACAAGAAGACGAAAGAGCCAUUUGAGCUUUCGGAUGCGGUGGCAUCGGGUAUUUGGGAACUUGCCUUGCAGGAACCCUUCAGCAUCAGCCUAUACCCCGGGAACGGGACGGCGGACGGUACACGGGGUGAUCAUAUUCAAAUUGCCCCAUCGUACAAGGUGACGGAGGAGGAGAUUCGGUACAUUGUCGACACCACUGCGGCGGUGAUUGAGGAGUUUUUCAAGAAAUUCACCAGAUAA